AUGAAUACUACAGGGAAAGUUAUCAGGUGCAGAGCAGCCAUACUCUGGAACCCUAGUGGACCAUUUUCCAUUGAGGAGGUAGAAGUGGCCCCUCCAAGGGCAAAUGAAUUUCGCAUAAAGGUCAUGGCUACGGGGCUCUGUGGUACAGAGCUGAAAAUGUUGAAAGAUAAAACCCUUCACCACCAUCGUUAUCCUAUCAUUAUGGGCCAUGAAGGGGCUGGAAUAGUGGAGAGUGUAGGAGAAUGAGUGAGCACAGUGAAAGCAGGAGAUAAAGUUAUUGCACUCUUUCUACCACAGUGUGGAGAAUGUGCCUCUUGCCUUAAUUCUGGGGACAAUUUUUGCAUAAAAUUCAAACAGUCAGAAACCAACCUGAUGUCUGAUGGUACCAAUAGGUUCACCUGCAAGGGAAAACCAGUAUACCACUUUGGGAAUACAAGCACCUUCUCUGAAUACACAGUGUUGAAUGAAAUUUCAGUUGCCAAGACUGACGCAGUUGCACCUCUGGAGAAAGUAUUCCUACUUAGCUGUGGUUUUUCCACUGGCUAUGGUGCUGCAAUAAAUACUGCCAAGGUGACCCCAGGCUCCACUUGUGCCAUGUUUGGCCUUGGAGGAGUCGGCAUGUAUGUUAUCAUGGGAUGCAAAGCAGCUGGAGCAGCCAGGAUCAUUGCAGUGGACAUCAAUAAAGACAAAGUUGAGAAGGCAAAGGAAGUGGGUGCCACUGAGUGCAUCAACCCUCAGGACUAUGAGAAACCCAUCCAAGAAGUUUUAUUUGAUAUGACAGGUGAUGGUGCGGACUUUUGCUUUGAGGUCAUUGGAAAUCCAGAAAUUGUGGCAGCUGCCUUGGGCUCCUGCCGUGAGAGCCAUGGGGUCUGCGUGAUUAUUGGGUUGACCGUUGAUGUCCAACUCAACAUCAGUGGUCGUUUGUUCUUCUCGGGACGUUCUUUAAAGGGAUCUGUUUUUGGAGGCUGGAAAAGCAGAGAGAGUGUCUCUAAACUGGUUUCUGAUUAUAUGGCAAAGAAGAUUAAUCUAGAUCCAGUAAUGACCCAUACUCUGAAUCUUGAUAAAAUCAACAAAGCAGUUGAAUUAAUGAAAAGCGGAAAAUGUAUCUGCUGUGUCCUGUUACUUUAA